GGGCAGUGUUUCGCUCAUGACGACAUUAUGAGAAGAAGAAGAGUUUGUCCGGAAGUCAGAGACGCGGGAGAAUUGAACACAAACAAACAUUUCUCCGUGUGAACUUUUAAUAUUUUAAAGUCAAGAUGUUAAAUAAGGCUCCCAAGCUGAAAAGUACGGUUAAAUCCAAGAUGAGGAGCAACAUAAGCGUGAGACCAGCGUCUGAAGCGAUGGUAAGAAGUUACUAAAAUGAACUCUUUAGUUUGUCGCUAAAGUAACAGAACUAACCGUUUUUAUAAGCCGAUCAAUAAUCGACCAUUUUCUUGUUUUCAGAUCGAACUUCUGACUCUGAUGUUUGUGAACAGUCUGGCGGAGGAGGCGAAGACCAAAGCGUUUGAAGAAAAGUCAGAAACGAUCCGAGCUCAGCAUGUUAAAGCUGUUUGUAAGGUCAGUUUACACAGUCUCAUGUCGAACAAUCGAUUAAUCAAAGAAGAUAUAUUCCUCAAUUACUAAUCUAAUGAUAAACUAACUGUUCUUUUAGUUAAUAUAAUGUCAGAAACUACCAAACAACAAUAUUAUACAGUUCCCAAAACACGUUCUCUUUUAAAUGACAGUAUUUUUCACCUCAAACUUAAAACCUUUAGACUUUUAUCAAAUUCACUUCUUUUGCUGAAAGCAGACACUUAAACUGCUUUACCGCCACCUUACAAGUGUUUUGUAGGGGGACGGUAGGUUUUAUUAUGAUGUGAAGCACUCCCAGUGAUAAAAAAGCUUUACAACAACUUAUUAAAAUGUAAAAUAAGAACCCUUAAUAGAUAUAUAAAAGAUAUGUCCCUGUGAUAAUUAGUUAUUUUCAUCAGUGGUUCAGUGUUUUUGUGUGUUUUUGCCUGCCCAUGCCAAAGACAGUUUUUUGGUAUCUGGAGGUAUUGGGCCCGCACUACUUUAAUAAUAAUAAUAAUAAUAAUUUUAUGGACUCUGUUAUUAGCAUGAUGCCUGACUGAGACAGUCAGAACCAUCAUUUGGGUCUUCCUCAGAUCUUAUAAAAUCAUAAAUGUUUCUUCAUCGAUCUUGGACAGAUUUUUGAUUCACAUCAGCGAGUAAAACAGUUUUCCAGUUUCUCAUAUAACUUAAUUUUACCUCCUAUUUACUAACCACUAACCCUAACCCUAAACUGAUGCUUGAGUUUUACUAAAUCCCUAAUCACUGGUAAAAACAAAUUGUCACUUUUGGAUGUCCCACUGCUCACAGAUAUGUUUUAUUUUUUCUUUAUAGAAAGUCCUGAAAAAAGCAAGGGGAUGAAGACAGUGACAUGUGUCAUCCUGAUUUCCUUUUUACUAUCAGAAUUUUUACUUUUGUGAUUUUUCAAUGUCUCUUUUGUGCUGCAUCGUAUCUAUUUUCCUGUAAAGUUUUUUAUUGUUAUUAAACCCUCGUGAAUCCUAUUUUGGCUUUUACUUUAUAAAUGUCAUUUUAAAAGGACCCUAUAUGUCCUGUUGAUGAAGUUAGGUGCUGUUCUGAGCAUUAUUUGUGGCUAUAGAGUGGCGUUUUGGUUGAGGUUUGUUUAUGGCUCCCCAGAUCGCUCUGUAUUACUAUCCUGUGGUCGUUACUAAAGUUGGUAUAACUAGAGAAGCAAGCGGUUGGCAACAUCUAUCUCUUGAGGGGGGUGUCUAACUCGGUGUUAUGGUGUGUUUGACCCUAAAUUAAUUUCACGUCGGAAUAUCCCUUUUAAGAUCUUUGUGAGUUUGCUGAGAUGUUGUCCUGCUCACUGCUUGUCACUACAGAGUUCCUCCCCUCUUUAGAGGAGGGAGAGUGAAAAUGUCAAAGAAAUCCUCUACAUUCACUUAUCAUAAAAUAUCAUAAAGUAAUAAAAAUCAGAUACUUGUUCUUGAUUGACAGUGUUGAUGCCAAAUCUUGUUUCUGUUUGUAAUAAAUUGACAGCCAAAGCCCAA